AUGACGACUUUCGUACUUCCCGGUGAUGUCAUCCCUCUACCGGCCGAUCCGGUCGACCCUUCGACCUCCCAGUCGAUCACGUUCGGUCCUGGUAUCGGUGCUUCCACAUCGAAGACGGGAAGCGAGGCCAUCUCCGUCGCUACCAAGAUGGGACCGGUACAUAACACUGCAAAGCGAAGAAAGACGAAAGAUGGGCCGACGGAAGUCAACAGGCUGUGGGUCGAAGUGCAAUCGAAGAGAUAUGUACCAGCACCAGGCGAGGACGUUAUCGGAAUCAUCGUACAGAAGCACGCGGAAGGUUUUCGAGUCGAUAUCGGAGCCGCUCAGCUCGCCCAACUGGGACAGUUUGCAUUUGAGGGAGCGAGCAAGAAGACGAAACCGAGAUUAGACAACGGAACCGUCGUCCACGCUCGAGUGUCGCUGGCGAACCGGGAUAUGGAGCCAGAGAUCGAAUGCGUCGAUCCCAAGGACGGCAAAUCGAACGGUUAUGGAGAGUUGAAGGGAGGGUUGAUGGUGACCUGUUCGCUGCAAUUAUGUAGAAGGGUUUUGUCGACGAGGAUGAUGGGCGAGAUCAUGACCCUCUGGCCUCUCAACACCCAGAUCACGGUGGCACCCGCGAUGAACGGGCGGAUAUGGCUCAAUUGCGAGUCAGGUAUCUUGCCCGUCAUCGGUCUGAAAAGGAUCCUGGAGGCGAUCGAUGCGGGCGAGGUGGAUUGGGAGAACAUGGACGCGUUGCAGGGAUGGGUCAAAAGGGAGGGCAUCGUGCUCAACUAG